GCUUUGCAGUCUUCCGCUUCGCGUCGCCAUUUCGCCGCCGUCCGCGUCUCCUUGUCCGCGUCACUGGAAUUUUGGCGCGGGUCUAUCGCCGCUCUGCCGCAGUGUCUAGGAAGAGAGACAACGGUCUGUAUGCGGGAAGCAUGGCCUUGACGUGAAAAACGUUCUGUUUGUCCUGUGGACUGUCGUGUUUCGCGCCGUUUGUCGAGCGCGCUGAUCGCGCAGAGUUGGUGUACGUGACAAAGGAAACAGAAGUUACACGGAGGCGCGAGCGCUUCGUUGUUUGGAGACGGCUUGCCUUGUCGGCAGAAUGGCCAACCUCGGGAAUGCUGUGGUAGACGCUUCGAGACCUGUUGGAGCUGCGGAUGACAAUAACUUGCUGGUUGACCUGGAAGGCGCCAGAGGCUUUUUCUCAGGAAAACUAAUCGACUACCGUAUGCCGUGCACGGCUACCGAAGACAGAACGUGUCAGAUUGUUGCCAACCUGACCGUAUGGAACGAGUUCCUGUGCCCGCUUCAGCUGGAGUUGCAAGAGCUACCAGAAACGGGCAGGCAACUGGGCCUGGUGGUAGUCCACAAUACGUGCCUUCCUCAACCUAAACGCCGACUGGAUCAAGCAGCCACGGUCCUGUACUGGCUUCUUUGCAGCCAUCACUGCGUGGCACGGAUAAACAUUACGCACAUGAUCACUUAUAGAGGAAUGGCUGAAUUGUGCAUCCCGGUGCUUUGCAAAGCCCUUGACGGCAAUCCUUCAUUGAAAUCGGUCAUUCUUCGUUCUGACUUGCCCGUGGAAUUCGAAUGCAAGGACAUAAAAAGGGUUUUGAAGGUCAUUUCGUCUUUGAAAUGCCUGGAGGAAGUUGAGUUCCCGCAUUGCUCUGCUUGGUGUCUGCACAUUGUUUCUGAUAUUCUUCGAAACACGACAACGUUGACCCUACUCAACUGGUGCUCCGUAGAACACGUAGAAAGUACGAUAGCGAAGAGGUUCUUGACAGUACUGAAAACGAACUCGACACUGCGUGAUUUGUCGUUAAGCGCAGCGGUAAUAAGCGCUAGCCCCACUUUGUUCGUUGAAUUUUUGACCGGUGACGCCCAGCUACAACAUUUGAGAGUUGUCUCUAACUGUGAUUGCUGCGCCGACGAUUCCUGGGGAUGGAUUUUCAAAGGUAUGCUGAAGAACCAGUCAGUCUUGAGCUUGCAAGCCGAGAAUGUCACUAUGGAUUUUGAGACCGCUGAGCUUGCAUCGAAUAUGCUUGCCGAAAACAGAGUUUUGCGAAGCUUUCGGCUGUUAGCGGGCCCCUACGUGCGGAACACUCCUAUGUGGUUCAUAUUAAGCCUUGGAAUGCCACCUGACACCACUGCCUUUCAAGAGGCCAUUGCGCGUAACACAACCUUACAAUACAUGACCGUGAAUUUCAGCAUCUGGAGUGCUGAAGACUGGGGGCCUUUCUUCCGUGUUUUGUCAGAGCACACAAGCCUCAAGAUGGUGACCGUCGAUGUUGAAAAAGAAGAAGAAUACCGUCUUUUGCCUGGCGUCAUCAAAGCCCUUCAAGAAAGUGGCUGUGAAGAUAAAGUUUUAUUUAAGGCUCCAGACAUCACCGACGAAUUGGCUGUUGCUGAUUGUAAGACUUUUUGCGAACUUCGGGUAGAGAUAUGUGACAGGACAACAGGCAGAAUUUUGCCACUUAUGGAACAGCUGUCCACGUUUUCCCGUUUGAGAGAGUUAAGCCUGACACUAGCGAGCUGGGACUGUACAAUAUUUCCUGCUAUUUCUGAGUACAUAGCAAUGACGUCGACGCUCAGAAAGUUGUGCGUGGAGUUGAACAUGCGAGUCUUUGCGCCUGAAUUAGUCGAGUGGUGGCCAGAACUUUCGAAAUCGCUUCUGCUCAACAGGAGCAUCACGGAUUUCGGCGUUGGCAUUCUUGAGGGGAGGUGCCAGAAUGUCGCACUCCUCGGUGACGCGGUAAUGCGAAGCCUGACUAUACGGAAGCUCAGCUUGAUGUUAUUUCAUCCACUCGCAUUCCACGCAUUCCUUCGCGGUCUACGCGCCGAUAUCUCGAACAACUAUGCGCUGUGCAGUGUCACCAAGCACAAUUGGAGAAGCCAUAAUUUGGCGGCGGACUGGUUCGCCGUUCGCGACACCUCACGGCGAAACUCGGGCUUCGUCGCCCGAGCAGCGCAGUUCCUGAAUCACGCACGGUGUGACAGGCCCUGCGCCGCUGCUUUGGACCGAGUUUCCCGUCACACGGCGCUGGUGGCAGAGCUUGCCGAAGUGCUGUCCGUAGGCGAGGACGAGGCAGCUCGCAUGGUGCGGAGACGGUUUCGGGGCAUCGAAGGUCUGGACGACUUCAUGCGACUGACCGGCGUCGUCAAGCAGCGGGUCACGUGUCAGCCGUGCGAGGACGAACGCACACAGCUGGACGACCUCAACAGCGAGUGCUGGUCUCACGUGAGGCGCUACCUGCUGCUGGAUGACGUAGUGUGUGACUGAACGUUGCCACCGGAUCCGCAGGCGCUUGUGGUUGCCACUUGGGACACGACGUGAAAGAUCGGCGCCAGUAGCACACGCUCUCCAGUGGAGGGCGCUAUUUGGUUUGAUAUAUUACUCGCAACUUCGGAUGGGUGUGAACGCCGUGUAUUCUACCGUUUUCAGCAACAGUUCGAUGUUUCGCUAUGUUUAAUGUCUUAUCAUUUGCGGUCUUUCCUGUGAAAACUGUGCUUAUAGUGAGAUUUAGCGAGUGUUAAUGAAAGCACACGUUUAGGUGUAGUCACGAUUUAUCGCAGAGAUCAAUGGAAACGAAAGCACUCUGAUCAGCGACCAAGCUGGGCGAGCGCGAGCACAUACAACAGUCUUUUUUUGCGUCUUCUGCUGAUGUUCGUAUAUGUCACUACAAUCACUCUCCGGUGAAAAAGGAGCCACCUUGGCCACCUAACGCAAUGGUGAUGCUGGCGGGUUGUAGUGCCGUUUCAGCCGUUCGACGUGAACC